AUGCUUUCCAUGCAGUCCGUAGAGGGGCCCAGUCCUCCUCGCACCGAUGAGAACGGUGACAUGAAGCAGCAAAAGCCGAAGACGCUACCUUGCAAAUACUGCAAUAAAUGGUUCAGACGAGUAGAACAUGUUCAGAGGCACGAGAGGACACACACCAAGGAGAAACCCUUCUCUUGUAAUUGGGAUGGUUGCGGGAAGAGUUUCGGCAGAAGAGACCUUCUCGUCCGCCAUGAGAAGCUCGUGCAUCUCAGCGAUGGCACCAAAGACACCAAUGGCAUCAACACGCAGCGGCGCAAGUCGUCCGCGGCUGGGACACAGUCAAGCCCGACUAAGAGCCACGGGGACACCGAGAUGCUCGGUAUGCAACAGACGCCAACACAAUCGCACUUCGCCCCAGAUGCCACAAUGUCAGCUGUCGUGUCGAGCCUCCCCCCCGACUCCCGUAUCGCUCCAAGGCCGGCAGCAGCCUGCAACCUCGACCUACUUUCCGACGCUGCCACCCAUCUUGCUUCCGCUGGCGACGUGUCUUCGAUGCAGAGCAUGCUCCCAGAUAUGAGUCAGCAACAGCCGCCUCUGGGACGAGUUGACAGCUUGCCAUCGUACGGUGACCGAGGCCGGGAGUCGGACCCUGUGGUUUACUCAACGAGUUUCCCAGUCACCUCAGCCCCUUAUUCCGUCUCCUCUGCGACGUUCCCGAUCACCUCGGCACCUUUUCCUGUCACUUCGGCUACCUUUCCUGUCACCUCCAACGCGCAACCAAACUUUGAUGGUUAUGACCUUUUCAUGGACGACUUUGGCACACAGUCGCAUUUCUUGCCGGCUGGGGUCGACACGGAGCAGUCUUUCGGUGGGUGGCGCGGGGGAACCUCCUCCUUUCCGUCAAGGUUCCCCUCACUGGCCCCCGAAGCGUCCACAGAUGGUACCGGUAGGUUGCAAGACGAAGGAAUGAGAGCACCGCUGUGGAGGAUUUCGAGCAACGACCACAGCAUCAUUAAGAGCCGCCUGGACGAAUUUUCAAGCGUGCUUCCGAAUGACUUCGUUUUCCCAUCGCGACAUACCUUGACCCGAUACCUUGAGGGCUACAUCAGCGGCUUCCAAGAGCACCUCCCUUUUCUGCACAUACCGACUCUAACCCCGAGUGAGAUUGCUCCGGAGCUUCUUUUGGCGAUUGCUUCAGUAGGCGCGCAAUACCGGUUUGAGAGCCACCGUGGUCAUGCUUUGUGGUAUGCCGCCAAGGCCGUCGCCCUCGAGCAGAUUCGGAGACGCCACAGCCACGAAGUGCAUACUCUACUACCAACGCCAGCCGCCUACAGUCCACAUUCCACGCGAGCAUCCCCAAGCUCCGGUUUCCGCCACUCCUUCAACUCUGUCCAUUCGGACCGCCCCAUGACGCAGGAAACCCACCGUGAGCCAUACUCUCCGAACAACCCCCAGUCCCGUCUCGAGACCAUCCAGGCCCUUCUGUUACUUUUCUCAGUGGGUCUUUGGGGGGCCAAGGCCAUUUUGCAGGAUGCUCUAUCUUUGCAAAGCCAGCUCGCCCUGUUGAUACGUGAUGAAGGCCUGAACUCCAACCCGACGCAAAUUGCCGACUGGGAGACUUGGGUAAGAAAUGAGGGUAGCAACCGGACCAAGCUUAUUGCAUACUGCUAUUUCAACCUGUGCAGUGUUGCUUACAACAGCCCGCCGGUCUUGUUCACCUCGGAGAUGAAUUUGUUCCUCCCCGGACCUGCCCGUCUCUGGAGGGCGGAAAGUGCAUGGGCAUGGCGGGAGGCUCGGCAAUCCGUCCAAUACAUGGAGCUCUCUCUCCAGGACGCGCUGUCCAGGCUCUUGCACCGACCGUCCCAAGGGCCACUGAACGAUCUCACUUCGCUUGGCAACUAUGUCUUGAUACACGCCCUGAUCCAGCACAUUUACUUACUUAAGCAAACGUCAUUCGCCAACACGUCGCCGUUUGAUAUUCACAGAGGCCUCAAAGCGGAGGAUGUAGAGGAAGUCACAUCAGCGCUGCGGGUCUGGCAGUUAGGAUUCGAGGAGCACCGCAUGAGGAUCACUCAAUCAGCCCAGCAGAUGGGCAGCGAAAACUUCCCAGGCGGGCCUGUAUCAUUUGACGCCACUGCACUUUCCCGGCUUGCGCAUAUCCGCUUACACACGGAUCUCGUGCCCGCUCGGGCGCUUGAGAGUCGUGAGCCAUACGCAGCCGCGAACAUCUUCAACAACCUGCCCCUAUUGCCGCGAGGCCCCCGUCUGAACAAAGCAAUACUGCAAGCUGUCCAUGCCCUCUCAAUGCUGGUCAAAGCUGGAAUCAACUACAUCGCUCGGACUAAGUCUCUGGAGUGGAGUAUGCAGCAUUCUCGUGAGCACUCCUUUUCUUUUCCUUCCCUCGAUGUCGAUGGUGGUGAGCAGGGUCAAAUGCUGACGGUCACUGUUGCAGUGUGCAACCUAGAAUGCGCAGUCCUCCUUGCCAAAUGGUUGAUGACCAUGGCCUCGAUGAGCCCCACUGAGAUGCAGACGGCCGAGGAGAAGUCGAUAUUGACUUCCAUCCGAACGAUAGUGGACGAGACUGAGUACGCUGUUCCCAUCGAUCCUAGCCUUGCUGCUCAACAGCCGUCGAGGAUGGAUGGGUCACUCAACGACUCUCAAAAGCUGCGUCAACUUGCGUCGGCCGUCCUCCGUAUCUGGGCGAAGACGUUCAAGGGGGAGCACAUUUUCGAGCUUGUCAAGACAAUGGGACAUGGCUUGGAAAUCUAUUCCAACAUCUUGGACAAGCCGAGGGAUCAGCCGUCUCUGGGACGAAUGUCGUCUGGCUCUAUUCUUGAAUGA